AUGUCGGCUGAGCAGCUCAAGGCCGAGGCCAACAAGGCCUUUGCCGCCAAGGACUAUGACAACGCCAUCAAGCUCUACUCGGACGCCAUCGAGCUUGACCCCACCAACCACGUCCUCUUCUCCAACCGUUCCGCGGCCAAGACGGGUGCCAAGGACUACCAGGGUGCUCUCGAGGACGCUGAGAAGACCAUUGAGAUCACCCCUUCCUUUGUCAAGGGCUACGCUCGCAAGGGCGCUGCCCUCCACGGCCUCCGCGACUUCCCCGACGCCGUCAUGGCCUACGAGGCUGGUCUGCAGGUUGACCCCAACAGCGACAUCCUCAAGAAGGGUCUCGCCGAGGUCAAGAACGCCAUGGACUCGGACAUGGGUCCCGGCGGCGACAUGGGUCUCGGCCAGAUGUUCAACGACCCCAACCUCGUCUCCAAGCUUGAGAACCACCCCAAGACGGCCGAGAUGAUGAAGGAGGGUCCCUUCCGUGCGCGCAUUGCCCAGCUCCAGGCUAGCGGCGGCAAGGGUGUCGACAUGGCCCAGCUCUUUGGCGACCCCCGCAUGCUCUCGGUUCUUGGUGUCCUCAUGGGUGUCGACAUUGACGCCAUGGCCCGUCCCGAGGGCUCGAACGAGAUGCCUCCCGGUAUGCAGGCUUCGUCGUCGUCGUUUGAGCCUCAGCCUACACCCGCUGCUGCUGCCCCCAAGGCCGCUCCCAAGGCCCCUGCUGCCGCCGCGCAGGCGCCCAAGGACGAGCCCAUGGAGGUUGAGGAGGACGACAGCGCCAAGGCCAAGAAGGAGGCCGACGCCAUCAAGGCCCAGGGUAACACUGCCUACAAGGCUCGCCAGUUUGACGAGGCCAUUGGUUUCUACGAGAAGGCUUGGGAGACCUACCCCAAGGACGUGACCUACCUCGUCAACCUGUCUGCCGUCUACUUUGAGAAGGCCGACUACCAGAAGUGUAUCGAGGUGGCCACCAAGGCUGUCGACGAGUCGCUCGAGCUCCGCGCCGACUACAAGACCGUCGCCAAGGCCUAUGGCCGUAUCGGUAACGCCUACCUCAAGCUCGCUGACCUGGACAAUGCCAUCAAGUUUUACUCCAAGUCGCUCACCGAGCACCGUACCCCUGAGAUCCUCACCAAGCUCCGUGAGACCGAAAAGGCCAAGGUCGUUGCCGACCGCGAGGCCUACAUUGACCCCGCCAAGGCCGAGGCCGCUCGCGAGGAGGGCAACACUGCCUUCAAGGCCGGCAACUGGCCCGAGGCCGUCAAGCACUACUCGGAGGCUGUCAAGCGCCUGCCCAACGACCCCCGCGGCUACAACAACCGUUCGGCAGCGUACACCAAGCUCAUGGCUCUCCCCGAGGCGCUCAAGGACGCCGACGAGGCCAUCAAGCAGGACCCUACCUUUAUCAAGGCAUACAUCCGCAAGGCCCUCGUCCAGCAGGCCAUGAAGGAGCUCACCCCGGCCCUCGAGACCCUCCAGAAGGCCAUGGACAAGGACACUGAGAAGAAGCACGCCCGCGAGAUCGAGACCAACAUGAACAAGAUUCUCAUGGAGCUCCAGACCCAGCGCUCGACCGAGACCGACGAGGAGACCUACAACCGCGCCAUGCGGGAUCCCGAGGUCGCCGAGAUCAUGAACGACCCCGUCAUGCGCCAGAUCCUCUCGGACGCCCAGCAGAACCCCCAGGCUCUCCAGGACCACAUGAAGAACCCCAUGAUCGGCCAGAAGAUCCAGAAGCUCAUCAACUCGGGCAUUAUCCGCACCGGCCGCUAA